AUAUAAAAAUGAACGAUUAAACAAAUACCGAUCAUUAGUUAAUAUUGUUUUUAGUGAAGUUGAGAGUGAAGUUCUAGGGGGUAAUUAUGAUUUUACAGAUUUUAAUCGCGUUUCUAUCAAUCCACAUACCUUCGAGCCUAUGCAUAACGCCAGCAUAUUACGCGGCGCCUGCGCCCGUCUACAGUUAUGCAAUUCCUGCUGCACCUAAAGCAGCCGUAAUACAUACGCCGAUCACAUACGCGGCAGAACCCAUCCAUCCAGAUGUUGAGAAAAUUGAUCCGAAUCCAUCGUACCAUUUCAAAUACGGUGUCAACGAUCCGUCAACCGGCGACUACAAAUCCCAAGAGGAAUAUCGCAAAGACGGUAUCGUCCAAGGAACCUACAGCUUAGCCGAACCCGAUGGUACCAUCAGAACCGUCCAUUACACCGCUGAUCACAUCAAUGGUUUCAACGCCGUCGUAGAUAGACACUCUGCCAAAGCCGUCCACGCAGUUCCAGCCGUCCAUGCUGCUCCAGUCGUCCACACAGCUCCGGUCGUUCCGGCCAAAUAUCACGCCGUAGUAUCCACGCCUUACUAUUCGGCUCCGGCUGUAUCACAUGUCGUUCCGGCUCUUCAUUACGCUUCUCCUUACCCCUAUAAAGCGCCUUAUGCUUACGCAGCAUAUCACAGAUAAAACCACUAUUUACUUUCGAGUAGGCCGUUAAAAACCUCAAUGACCACGCAAUUAUCUCAUUAUUUUAAGAAGGCAAUAGUGUAAAUUUCGACACACAGCGUUCAUAACCUUAUAGUUCUUUUUUUUUUAAAAGUCAAGGCGUCAAAUAAAAAUCUGUAUAUUUUCCCAAACAAUUUGUAUAUUUUCAUUUUGAUAGUCGACCGGCGAUAGCCAUUUUCCUGUAUCAGUCUUCGUUGUCCAAAAAUGGUCAAGUUUCUUUCACCUUUCAUACAACAAGCUAACAAGUAGCAAAAAGUCAACGAUAGAUAUUAUACUAUACAUACGUUUACUACAAUGUACAACCACUGUGCGCGGUGAUCCUAUAAGUAAAAGACUUAUAAUGCUCUACACAAGUCAAAAUUCACUCCCACAUCGGAUUCUUUAUCCGCAGUCCGUACCAUACGUACGCCCCAACAUCUUCUUUGAAGGUUGAAUAUAAAUGAAGUCGACUUUAAAUUUCUACAAGUACUGGACGGAUUUUUCUUCUUUUAUUAAUUGCAUUAUAAGAAUCAAUUUGCCACUCGAACAUCCACGUAUACUUAUCUACUUACUGGAGUAGCCUGUUUCGUUACCGUAAAUGUUUAUUUUACAUACGAUAUGUAGAGAUUUCCGGAUCUCGGUAGCAAUAAUAUCGAAACACGAUUAAAGUUUUCAAUAUGGAA